AUGCCCGCGCACGGCUCUCUCUCCCAGCUCGUCACCGUGCCUCCCGCUGCUCUGCAUUUAUAAGGCGCCCCGGUGCGCCAGAAAAGGCACAAGCGUGCCUCGUCUCUAGAGAGGCAGAGCGCGUCGUUGCGGCUUGGAGACGUUUUAUUGUUUGUCGUGCAGCCGCUGCUGAGGAAGAGACGCAGGAGCGCAGGAGUUUUAUCCCAAGUUCGCUGCAGCAGGUCGUUGUGACAGCGACCUUGUUCUCAGGGGGAAACAUCCCUGGGGACACACAUAUUCUCACUCGCACACACACAAUAGGACACACACACAGGCACCAUGCAGGAGUCAGAGCCCACAGUCUGCCAGCUGCAGCCCAACAUCAUCUCGGUGCGUCUUUUCAAAAGGAAGGUCGGUGGUCUGGGCUUUCUGGUGAAGCAGAGGGUGUCCAAGCCGCCUGUCAUCGUGUCCGACCUCAUCCGCGGCGGUGCUGCAGAGGAGUGCGGCCUUGUGCAGGUGGGCGACAUAGUCUUGGCUGUCAACAACAAGCCCCUGGUGGACCUGUCCUAUGAACGGGCCCUGGAGACGCUGAAGAACGUGUCACCCGAGAGUCACGCCGUGCUGAUCCUCCGUGGGCCCGAGGGCUUCACCACCCACCUGGAGACCACCCUGUCUGGAGAUGGCCGCCAACGCACAGUGAGGGUCACACGUCCCGCCAUCCCACCUUCAAAGUCCUACGAGCACUGCUCCCCCCUCAGCCCAUUCAGCCCCGGGCAGCAGGUCAACAAGGAGCCCCAGCUCAGGGCCAUCGAGAACCUGUCAUCUCCGUCAAUCACCCAGUCCCUCCUGCAGAAGGGAGGCGUGCAGGCCCAGGACGGGAGCCGCGGAGGUCUCCUGUGCAACGGGCUGGAGGAGAACAACGCGCUGCUGAAGGAGAUCGAACCAGUGCUGCGCCUCAUCAAAAACAGCAAAAACGAGAUCAACGGAGAAGGCCAGAGGAAUGCGGGGAGAAGAGAUGCUGAGAACCAAGUGGCCCGGGACCUUGGCGUGGGAAAUGGCACGUCUCCCCAGCUGGCGUCAGAUAACAACAGAAUGCUGGAAAACAUGCCGGUGGAGCUCCACAACGCUGACACUGACAAGCCGCCGGCUGAAGACAGGACGUCGCCCACUAGGUCACUGCAGAACGGCAGCCCCUCCAAAUGCCCCCGCUUCAUCAAGAUCAAAAACUGGGAGACUGGCACCGUCUACAGCGACACGCUCCACCACAGCUCCAGCAAGCUGCCAAUCUGCUCUGAAAAUGUGUGCAAUGGCUCUGUGAUGAUGCCCAACCAGCACGUCCGCAAACCAGACGAGGUCCGAACCGAAGAGGAGCUUCUUCCACUGGCCACUGACUUCAUAGACCAGUACUACACCUCCAUCAAAAGGUUUGGCUCUAAGGCCCAUGUGGACAGGCUGGAGGAGGUGACCAAGGAGAUUGAAGCUUCAGGAACUUACCAGCUGAAAGACACCGAACUGAUUUAUGGGGCCAAGCACGCCUGGAGGAACGCUUCCCGAUGCGUCGGGAGGAUCCAGUGGUCCAAACUACAGGUUUUUGAUGCUAGAGACUGCACAACAGCUCAUGGAAUGUACAACUACAUCUGCAACCACCUCAAGUACGCCACCAACAAAGGCAACCUGAGGUCGGCCAUCACCAUAUUUCCUCAGAGGACAGAUGGCAAGCAUGACUUUCGAGUGUGGAACAAUCAGCUGAUUCGUUAUGCUGGCUACAGACAGCCUGAUGACAAUAUCCACGGAGACCCCGCUAAUGUUGAAUUCACUGAAAUCUGCGUGAAGCUCGGAUGGAAAGCUCCGAAGGGUCGCUUCGAUGUCCUGCCCCUCCUGCUUCAAGCCAGUGGGAACGACCCUGAGCUGUUUGAGAUGUCUGAAGACCUCAUCCUGGAGGUGCCGUUCACACACCCAAAGUACGAGUGGUUCAAGGACCUGGACCUGAAGUGGUACGCCCUCCCAGCUGUCUCCAACAUGCUGCUGGAGAUCGGUGGUCUGGAGUUCACUUGCUGCCCCUUCAGUGGCUGGUACAUGGGCACAGAGAUUGGCGUGAGGGACUUCUGCGACAGCUCACGCUACAACAUGCUGGAGGAAGUUGCUAACAGGAUGGCCUUAGACACCAGGAAGACUUCCUCCCUUUGGAAAGACCAGGCACUGGUAGAGAUCAACAUUGCUGUUCUCUACAGCUUCCAGACAUGCAAAGUGACCAUAGUAGACCACCACUCGGCCACAGAGUCCUUCAUGAAGCACAUGGAGAAUGAGUACCGGGUGCGAGGUGGCUGUCCCGGGGACUGGGUGUGGAUUGUGCCUCCCAUGUCGGGAAGCAUCACACCGGUUUUCCACCAAGAAAUGCUCAACUACCGCCUCACCCCGUCCUUUGAGUACCAGUCUGAUCCCUGGAAUACCCACGUGUGGAAAGGAGUCAAUGGGACACCCACUAAGAAAAGAGCCAUCGGAUUCAAGAAGCUUGCCAAGGCUGUCAAGUUUUCAGCCAAGCUCAUGGGCCAUGCCAUGGCCAAGAGGGUGAAAGCCACCAUACUGUUUGCCACAGAGACGGGCAAAUCGCAAGAUUAUGCCAAAACUCUCUGUGAAAUCUUCCAGCACGCUUUCGACGCAAAGGUCAUGUCAAUGGACGAAUAUGAUGUGGUGGACCUGGAGCACGAGACGCUGGUGCUAAUGGUGACCAGCACAUUCGGCAAUGGUGAUCCACCAGAAAAUGGAGAGAAAUUUGGAGCUGCCUUAAUGGAGAUUCGCCACCCAACAUCCAACACAGAAGACAGGAAGAGCUACAAGGUCCGUUUCAACAGCGUGUCCUCCUACUCUGACACUCGCAAGUCCUCCAGCGACGAGCCAGAGGUUAAGAUUAACUUUGAGAGCACCGGACCUCUCGCUAAUGUCAGGUUUUCAGUGUUUGGCCUUGGCUCCAGGGCCUACCCACACUUCUGCGCCUUUGCCCACGCUGUGGACACGCUGUUUGAAGAGCUUGGGGGGGAGCGCAUCCUACGCAUGGGGGAAGGAGAUGAGCUGUGUGGCCAGGAGGAGUCGUUCAGAACCUGGGCCAAGAAGGUUUUUAAGGCUGCCUGUGACGUGUUCUGUGUUGGCGAUGAUGUGAACAUCGAGAAGGCCAACGACUCCUUGAUCAGCAACGACCGCAGCUGGAAGAAGAGCAAGUUCCGCUUGAUGUACACGGCCGAGGCCCCAGCCCUCAUAGAAGCAUUCAACAGUGUUCACAAGAAGAAGGUUUACGGAGCAAAGAUGCUAGAAUCUCAAAACCUGCAAAGUCCCAAAUCCAAUCGCUCCACCAUAUUUGUGCGGCUCCACACAAACGACAACGACAGGCUGAGCUACCAGCCCGGCGACCAUCUGGGCAUCUUCCCUGGCAACCACGAGGACCUUGUAACAGCUCUCAUAGAUAAACUGGAGGACGCUCCACCUGUCAACCAAAUUGUGAAAGUGGAGUUCCUGGAGGAGAGGAACACUGCCCUAGGUGUCAUCAGUAACUGGACAAAUGAGACUCGCAUCCCUCCCUGCACCAUCUACCAGGCCUUCCAGUACUUCCUGGAUUUCACCACCCCACCGAGCCCUGUGCUACUGCAGCAGUUUGCUGCUCUGGCAACCAAUGACAAACAGAAAAAGAAACUAGAGGUCCUCAGUAAGGGCUUGCAGGAGUAUGAAGAGUGGAAGUGGUACAACAAUCCGACAGUGGUGGAGGUGCUGGAGGAGUUCCCCUCCAUCCAGAUGCCCUCCACUCUGCUGCUCACCCAGCUGCCCCUGCUGCAGCCCCGCUACUACUCCAUCAGCUCCUCUCCAGACGUGCACCCAGCAGAGAUCCACCUCACCGUCGCUGUGGUCUCUUACCGUGCCAGAAAUGGAGAGGGCCCUAUCCACCAUGGAGUGUGUUCGUCGUGGCUCAACAGGAUAGAGAAGGGGGAGAUGGUGCCGUGUUUUGUCCGGGGUGCAGCAUCAUUCCACCUUCCCAAAGACAACCAAGCACCUUGUAUCCUGGUGGGACCAGGUACAGGUAUCGCCCCGUUCAGAAGCUUCUGGCAACAGAGACUAUAUGACCUGGAACACAACGGAAUCAAGUCGUGCCCCAUGAUCCUGGUGUUUGGUUGUCGUCAGUCUGAGAUGGACCACAUCUACAAGGAGGAGACCAUGCAGGCCAAGAACAAAGAAGUGUUCAAGGAGCUCUACACGGCCUAUUCCAGAGAACCCGGCAAACCAAAGAAAUAUGUACAGGAUGUACUGCGCGAGCAGCUGUCGGAGAUAGUGUACCAGUGCCUGAGGGAGGAGGGGGGACACAUCUACGUGUGUGGGGAUGUAACCAUGGCUGGGGACGUUCUCAAGACCAUCCAGGCUAUCAUCAAGCAGCAGGCCAACAUGACGCACGAGGAUGCCGGCUUCUUCAUCAGCAAGCUGCGGGAUGAGAACCGCUACCAUGAGGACAUCUUUGGGGUCACCCUGCGCACCUAUGAGGUCACCAACCGGCUUCGUUCAGAGUCCAUAGCCUACAUUGAGGAGAGCAAAAAGGAGUCGGAUGAGGUUUUCUGCUCGUAGGUCUGUGAAUCGGGGGGGCUUUCUGACAACGACCACUCUGGAGGACACAGCAACGCUGGUUAAAAAAUACUGUGCCAAUUUUUGUACUGUAAAAAAAAGAAAAGUGUUUCUUUCUUCUUUCUUUUUUAUACCACUUUAUUGUUUCUGUUGGGCUCCGCGAUUUCGUCUGUAGCAAAUGUUCUGUUCUCUCGUUGAUGAUACUUCCAAAAAUUAUAAAUUGAUCAUUUCGAUUCAUAAUGUGUGCACCUAGUGUAAUGACCUGCCUCAUUGUGAAUGCAUGACCAAGACGAGAAUAUACUCAAGAAAUAUAUAAUAUACUGUGUGUUAUUGUUACAGUGAAAAGGCUUUCAUUGAGGUUUUAUAUUGACGAGGAAAAGUGUGGCAUUGAUGACAAACUCAGACAUUUCUGAAGUACGAAUUAAGUCGACUUUAUGUUUCAGAAAAGAAGCGGGGCUGGUUGAAUAUAUUUGGGCUGUACAUUUUUUUUUUAAUCAUCAAAGGCUGUAGUUUCCAGGAAAGGGGAAACGUAAUUGAAAGAUGUACAGGCAUGCGAAAAGAACAACUGAAAGACAGAUUUUCUGCACGCAAAUUUGCCGCGUUGACAGGUCGCCCUGAAUUAUGAAAACCAGUGAUUCUGUCACAGCCUGAACUAACAUAUUAUCUAUCUCUUCACUGGCAGUUCAUCACAAUGCAUAAGCCUCUGUGCCAGCUCUCUUUGUAGUGGCCUGGCCAUACUCUCCCUUACAUCAUAAUGUUGUCAUGUGUCCCAGCUGGUGCUUGCCCAACCCACAGCAGCUGGGUAGGAAUGUGCAGGGCAGCCAUUGAGGAAGAAGUCUGAACCAGAGUCGGUACAUAUUUAAAUAAACUCUUGGGUAAUGACAAAUAUAAUAACUUUAAACUUCCUCGUGGCUCUCGGAUUUUAGUAUAUCUUAGUAUUGAUGUGUUGACUAUAACGGAGGGGAAAUUCAAUGUGUCAAAUCAUAUAAUCACUGUGGAGGGACAUUGUUUUGAAAAACGUGUUUUGCUGAGAGUUGGAGCCGAUUAGCCAGCAUUCAGACUGAAAAAGGAGAGUGUUGCAUUGGUGGGGGGCGUGUUUCAGGUAUCAGUCUGAACGCAGCCUUAGCUUAGCAUAAAAACUAGAAAAAGAGGGAAAUGCAACAAUGCCUCCCUACUAAUAAAAUUGAAAUGUAUCAUAGUCAUUAUAGACAUUAUAUAUGCGUGCUGAAUAUUAACAUGUUAUACCUCAUUUGUUUAAGCCGCACACAAACCAAAGUAAAGAAAAUGCUCAGUCUUUCUUUAAUUAGUGAGCUUCAGAGGUGCUGGUAGGAAGAUUUAGUUGUAAUUGGAUAGAGCCAAGCUAACUGUUUCCCCCUUUUCCAGUCUUUAUGCUAAGCUAAGCUAAGCUAGGGCUU